AUGGGCACCGCCGGGGCGAGCCGGGGAGGCCUGGCCGACAAGGUGGCUCUUGUGACGGCUUCUACGGAGGGGAUCGGGUUCGCUGUCGCCCAGCGCCUAGCGCAGGAUGGGGCCCACGUGGUGCUGAGCAGCAGGAAGCAGAGUAACGUGGACCGAGCCGUGGCCGAGCUCCGCGCCCAGAGCCUCAGUGUGUCCGGCACCGUGUGUCACGUGGGCAGAGCCGCGGAUCGGGAGCGCCUGGUCGCCACGGCCCUAGAGCGUCACGGGGGUAUCGACAUCCUGGUCUCCAAUGCGGCCGUGAACCCGUUCUUCGGCAGCACGCUCGAGGCCAGCGAGGACGUGUGGAACAAGAUCCUGCAGAUCAAUGUGACAGCAACAGCAUUGCUGGUCGGCCUGGUCGUGCCCCACAUGGAGAAACGGGGGGGCGGCUCCAUCGUCCUCGUCUCCUCCAUCGCCGGGUUCUCCCCCUUCCCGGCGCUGGGCCCGUACAGCGUCAGUAAAACGGCCCUGCUGGGGCUCACCAAGGCCCUGGCGCCCGAGCUCGGCGCCCUCAACAUCCGCAUCAACUGCCUGGCGCCGGGGAUCAUACAGACCAACUUCAGCUCGGCCCUGUGGAAGGACGAGGCCGUAAAGGAGAAAAUGAUGAAGAACCUGAGACUGCAAAGGCUGGGGGUCCCGUCUGACUGUGCUGGGAUCGUCUCCUUCUUGUGCUCCCCCGACGCCAGCUACAUCACCGGGGAGACCGUGGUGGUGGGCGGGGGCGCCCCCUCCCGCCUCUGA